UCUUCACCGUUUUCCGAGGGAAAAUUGAGGGCUGAAACCGCCAUGAAUUCCUCAUUUCAAACAAACAAACCCUAUUCAAUCUCAACAGCAACAACUCACUGGUUCUUUCUCAGUAGCAGAGCAGAUACAUACACAGAAAUACAUAUAUCCAGAUAAUCACGUACAUGUACAUGCGUGUAUAGCAAUGGCGGGGAUUUUCAAGGCGCCGGGUGGAUUCGCGAUGACGCCGCACAAGGUGUCGGUGUGCAUCCUGCUGCAGGUAUACGCGCCUCCGUCGGCUCAGGUGUCGGGGCCGUUCCCGUUCUCAUCCGUCUCUCAGCACAACAGCUUGGGUUUAUUCUUGUUGGCUCUCACAAAGUCUUGCGAGGAUAUUUUAGAGCCAAAACUUGAUGAGCUUAUCACUCAAUUAAGGGAAAUAGGCAGCGUCCUGAAUCAUUGGUUGAGCGAUAAUUUAACCAGUCGGCUAUCAUCGUUGUCGUCACCGGAUGACUUAUUUAACUUUUUCACUGAUUUGCGAGGCAUUCUUGGAGGCCCUGACUCAAGUGUGGUGGAUGAUGAUCAGACCAUUUUGGAUCCCAAUAGCAAUCUUGGAAUGUACAUUCGACGUUGCUUACUUUCCUUCAGUCUUUUGUCAUUCGAGGGCGUUUGUCAUCUUUUAACAAAUUUAGGAAUAUAUUGUAAAGAAGCACUCUCAAGUUCUCGGCCUUAUGAGUCUCUUCAGUUCGAUGAUUCUAGCAAUAAUCGGGAAGGGUUAUUGGACUACGAAAACAUGGAUUUGGAGGAUUUGGUUUAUGAGAAAGUCACUGAAGAAAUUGAAGAAAGAAAAAGGGCCAAUGAAAGGGUUCCAUUUCAUAAUCAUGCACCAAAAGCACUUACUGGAUUGGUUGAAGAUUUCGAGGUUUCUGCUGGUGCGAAACUCAGACACAGUUAUAAACCUGGAGAAGUUGGUCAGUUUGCUUAUUCUCCAAGUUGUGCAAUGAAAGGUGUUGAUCCCUCAGCAGGGGUUUUCCUACGUACAAACUUGCAGAUACAGGGAUACUUACUUGAGCAAGCUGAUGAAAUUGAGAAGAAUGGAAGCUCUUUUCCCUUAAAUGCCUUCGAAUCUAUUUUGAAACAGAUUCAGAAGCUGGCUCCAGAACUACAUCGUGUUCACUUUUUGCGUUACUUAAACAGCCUUUAUCAUGAUGAUUAUCCUGUUGCUUUGGAGAAUCUUCAUCGAUAUUUUGAUUACAGUGCAGGGACUGAAGGGUUUGAUUUUGUUCCCCCAUCCUCAUCUGGCUGUAAUAGUUUUGGAAGAUACGAAAUUGCUUUAUUAUGUUUGGGAAUGAUGCAUUUUCACUUUGGGCAUCCUAGGCAGGCCUUGGAGGUUUUAACUGAAGCUGUCCAGGUUUCCCAGCAGCAUAGUGAUGAUACCUGCCUUGCUUAUACAUUGGCUGCUAUCUGCAACCUGUUGUCUGAAGUAGGCAUCUCAGGCACAUCCGGAAUUCUUGGAACAUCAUACUCACCUGGGACUCAUAUUGGGACUUCUCUGUCUAUUCAGCAACAGUUGCUUGUGCUAUUGAGAAGGUCCCUAAAGAGGGCAGAAAGUUUAAAGUUGAAAAGGCUGGUGGCUUCAAAUCAUGUUGCGAUGGCAAAAUUUGAUCUGACGCAUGUGCAAAUGCCUACGCUCUCUUUUGGUCCUAAAGCAUCCAUGAAGCUUAAGACAUGCCCAAUUACUGUUUGCAAGGAACUGAGGUUGAGUUCUUAUUUGAUUAGUGAGUUUAGCAGUGAAAACUCUACGAUGAUAAUUGAUGGUGCGUUCAGUACAGCAUGGCUUAAGAACUUUCAGAAGUCAACAAGUCCUUCAGUUUUCUCCCAAGAUAACGAAUUGGGAAGCAAAUCUGAUGCUCUUCAUUUCUGUGCACAACCAAGUUCUAUUCCUGGGUCUGUACUGCAAUUACUGGGUUCUUUGUACUUGGUUCGUGCAACUGCGUGGGAGAUGUAUGGAAGUGCCCCUCUUGCUCAGAUAAAUGCACUGGUUUAUGCAACUUGCUUUGCUGAUUCAUCAAGUUCAGCUGAUGCUGCAUUAGCAUAUACCAAGCUUGUCCAACAUCUGGCAGUAUUUAAAGGGUACCACGAAGCCUUUGCUGCUUUUAAAAUUGCAGAAGAGAUGUUUAUGUCUGUAUCAAAAUCUCGAAUACUGAUACUUAAACUGCAGUUGCUACAUGAGCGUGCCUUACAUUGGGGACAUUUGAAACUAGCUCAUCAAUUGUGUGAUGAGCUUGGAGUAUUGGCAUCUUCUGUAACUGGUGUGGACGAGGAGCUGAAGACGGAAGCAAGCCUUCGCCGUGCUAGGACAUUGCUUGCUGCAAAGCAGUUUAGUCAGGCCGCCGCUGUUGCACACUCCCUCUUCUGCGUGUGUCACAAACUCAACAAGCAAGUUGAAAAUGCGAUGAUUCUGUUGUUGCUUGCUGAGAUCCACAAGAGAUCAGGAAAUGCUGUUUUAGGAAUUCCCUGUGCUUUGGCAAGCCUCUCAUUUUGCCAGUCAUUUAACUUGGAUCUUCUCAAAGCUUCAGCUACGCUCACAUUGGCGGAACUAUGGCUCUCACUUGGAUCAAACCAUGCAAAACGGGCUUCAACCCUUGUACAUCGUUCUCUUCCAAUGAUUCUCGGUCAUGGAGGUUUAGAGCUUCGUGCCCGGGCCUUUAUUGCUGAAGCAAAAUGCUAUCUAUCAGAUACAAGCUUUUCAGUUUUUGAAGAUUCUCAAGUAGUGCUGGAUCCCUUAAGCCAAGCUGCUGAAGAGCUUCAAUAUUUAGAGUAUCAUGAGUUGGCGGCAGAAGCUUUCUAUUUAAUGGCUAUCGUAUUUGACGCGCUGGGGCAGCUAGAGCGCAGGGAAGAAGCUGCAACUUCUUUUAGAAAACAUAUGGUAGCACUUGAAAAUCCUCAAGAACAAGAAGAUCCUCUUUCCAGUAUGUUGUAAAGAAACAACAUGUGUUAAGCCCUGUAACAAGUUCUUUCGAGCAAUGAAUCAUGUAGAUUCAGACUUCAUUUUCUUUGAGGUAGUGUAAGCUAAUUUAGAUCUAAACCGUUAGUUAACGGUUGUGUAAAUUAAUGAGUGGUGGAAAUACUACAGCUGUCCUUGGAACCAACUUGUUAUUUGAAGCAACUUGUUACAGUGGAAGUUCAGAUAGCUCUCU